AACACCAGGGCUGUCAGACCACACCCUCUAACUUGUUUCUAGAUUCCUGAAGCCUCUGUACAUGUAAUUCCUGGAGCUGCUGUCUUAUUAAAAUGUCAACACCUCCACCUUCAUCUUCUAUCUGGGACAACCUCUUGGCAUCUCUCUCUUUGAGCGCAAUAUGGAAUUGGAUACAAGCAAGUUUUCUGGGAGAGACCAGUGCGUCUCAGCAAACAAAUUCUGGUCUAAUAGGCACUCUUGCUCCGGUCGUGCAAGUCAUCCUGGCGAUUACCUUUUCAAUUAUGUUGGGAAUAGGAUUAUACACCUUAUGGAAACGAAGUGUCCGGUCAAUUCAGAAAAUAUUGUUGUUUGUAAUCACACUCUACAAAAUUUACAAGAAGGGCUCAGAUAUUUUUCAGGCUUUGCUAACCAGCUCAGAAGGAAGUAGUCUUCAAACUCAAGACAAUAAUAAUCUCUUCCUGUCCUUGGGUCUGCAAGAGAAAAUUUUAAACAAGCUUCAGAUGGUGGAAAACAAAGUGAAGGACCUGGAGGGGAUGAUCGUUUCCCAAAAACCUGCCACGAAGAGAGAUUGCUCCUCUGAGCCCUACUGCAGCUGCUCCGACUGUCAGAGUCCCUUGCCUACAUCAGGGUUUACUUCCGCCUCUGAAAUGUGAUGGAUUUCAAUCUUUUCCAAAAAAGCACUAUUUCUCUCAUGUGUGCAGUAGUGUCUCAAUAAAGAUAGAGAACUAUAGUGAAA